AUGAAUGUCGAUACCAGCCUCCGCCUAGCCCUCCGCCAAAUUACUACGCAGGGCCUCCUCCGCAAGUGCCCCAGCCAGCUGCGACCUAUGGAUAUCCUCAAGGGCCGGCUUAUCCACCACAAGGCCCACCACCACAGUCGAUGCAAUAUCCAGCCCCGAUGGCGGCUCAACAAGUCUCCCCAGGACGUAUACAGCAGAGUAACCAAGCGUCAGGAGAAGAGGAAUGUUGCACAGGCCUUCUUUCGGCCUUUGCAUGUUGUUGCUGUCUCGAUCUGCUGUUGUGAUUGGUAUGCUUCUUUCGGGAGGGAAUAUAGCGGGGGUUACUGUGAACAGCUCAACUUACCGAAUGGGCGAAUUGGUCACUUUUGUAUAUUACGACCCCCGUUCGCUCUGCUGGCCAAGAAAAAUCGAGAUACAUUUGCACCUGAUUCUACGAAUAUAGCAAACAACCUUGAAUGGUUAUAUGACGUACUGCUUAACAUCAUCUGCCCGGGGAAGAAAUCCGAAUGGUCGUACGAUGUACAGAUCGGCUGA